CAAAGAACCGGAAGAGGUCUAGGAAAUCUUUAGGUUGGUUGCUCCUUGGAUGUUUAGCCCAACCCUUCCGGACCCCAUCCACCCGCAAAAUCCUUCGGUCCUCCGACUGUGCCUGGACAGACACAAGAAGCGAACUCCUUGGUUGGGGAGGAUGAGGAGGCGUAGGGAGAAAUGAAAAAGAAGGUGGUAGGAGGGGCAAAGUGGCGUCGGGAAAAUUAAAAGGCCGCUUCUCUUUCUGGAAAUCUUUGACUGCCAUCUACUGGGAAACUGUUGCAGUAACUAUGCAAACACACAAUGAGUACAUGAAGUGGAGCCCCCUGGAGUUGUUCGACUCACAUCUUGUACAAAGCCAAUGGCAGUCUCCUUCCAGAAUCUAAGCAGGGCGGUAGAGGGAACAACAUCUAGGAAGGAGGAAGAGGCUUGGCACUUUGUUCUGGAGUUCUGGAAGCAGAGUGCAGCAAGGCCCAAAUGGAACCAGGGGCGGGGGUCAAGCGACAGGGGUUCAGGGGCAAGUGAGAAGACUGCCUAUUAGCACCUUGAGGCCAGAACUCUCCUGGACCCUUUACAGAGUGCUUAGUCGCCUUGUCCCACUUUAGCGCGGUCUCUAGAGGUUGACUGGACAUACCCGGGGGGUGGGUGGGGGUGACCGGAGGACUCUGGCCAGGGAUGGGAACUGAACAAGAGAAUCUUGAAUCCGCUAUGAGGUCAGGUUUUCUGUGGCAGCAGGAGGAUCUCCUAGGUGUCUGGGAAGGACUCCUUCGAGGUCGAGGGAGGGGGGCAAAGCAACAUCCCCUUCGUUUCCCCUCGCCCUGCUUCCUCUUCAGGGUCCAGCUCAGAGGCUCUCCGCGCGCAGGCCACCGCUUCCAAACUGCGUCGCUUUCUUCGGCGGGGCAAAGGACUUUCAGAUGUUGUAGCGGUGGCGGCGACUCAGGCCAGCGCCCCCUCCCCCCUAACGGCCUCUUCUCCCGCUCCAUUGCUCCAGUUCCCCCUCGCCCUCCCCUGCUCUCCCACCUCGGGGACGGCGCUGGGGGUGUGGCCAGGGGGCCGGUAUAAAGUCCCGGGAGCCGGUCCCGGGCAGCCGCUCAGCCCCCUGCCCCCCGCCGCCUGCUGGGCCGGCCGAGGAUGCAGCGCAGCGCCUCGGUGGCCAGGCUCGCUCUGCUCCAGCGUGCUUGCUAACUUCCCCGGCUCCGUCUCUGCCUGCCGGGGUCGCCCCGUGUCCCUGCGCCCUCCGGGUCUGGUUCUCUAAGCUCUCUGGGCGCUGCCUCCGGGUCCCUUGCAGCCCGCUCGCGAGCCCGCGCUCCCCUCCUGCGCCCCACCCUCGUCCUCGCCAUGCUGCCCUUCGGCCUCGUGGCCGCCCUGCUGCUGGCCGCAGGGCCUCGGCCGAGCCUGGGCGACGAAGCCAUCCACUGCCCCCCUUGCUCCGAGGAGAAGCUGGCGCGCUGCCGCCCCCCCGUGGGUUGCGAGGAGUUGGUGCGGGAGCCAGGCUGCGGUUGUUGCGCCACUUGCGCCCUGGGCUUGGGGAUGCCCUGCGGGGUGUACACCCCACGCUGUGGCUCAGGCAUGCGCUGCUACCCUCCCCGGGGGGUGGAGAAGCCCCUGCGUACAUUGAUGCACGGGCAAGGCGUGUGCACGGAGCUGUCGGAAAUCGAAGCCAUCCAGGAAAGCCUGCAGACCUCUGACAAGGAUGAGAGCGAACAUCCCAACAACAGCUUCAACCCCUGCAGUGCCCAUGAUCACAGGUGCCUGCAGAAGCAUAUGGCCAAAAUUAGAGAUCGGAGCAAGAUGAAGAUCGUGGGGACACCUCGGGAGGAACCCCGUCCUGUGCCCCAGGGUUCCUGCCAGAGCGAGCUGCACCGGGCCCUGGAGCGGCUGGCCGCCUCACAGAGCCGUACCCACGAAGACCUCUUCAUCAUCCCCAUUCCAAACUGUGACCGCAACGGCAACUUCCACCCCAAACAGUGUCACCCCGCCCUGGACGGACAGCGUGGCAAGUGCUGGUGUGUGGAUCGGAAGACAGGGGUGAAGCUUCCUGGGGGUUUGGAACCCAAGGGGGAGCUGGACUGCCACCAGCUGGCUGACAGCUUCCAAGAGUGAGACCUGCCAGCAGGUGGGGGACUCAGUGCCCCCUACUAGGCCCCUAUGCUCUGGGGUUGUAGAGUUGACCUGGCUUGGAGUCUGAGUCCUGGCUGUCUGCCUCUGGCCCUGCCCAAAAUUUCCCUUUGUGUGUGUGUGCACACGCGUGCACAUGCUCGUGUGUGUGUGUUUAUAGGAUGUGCCCUACAGGAUAAGCCUGAGCCUUCUCGUGCCCAUGAUGGGCUUAGAUACCCCCAAGAGGUCUGAGUGUAGCAAUAGGAAUUCCCAGUGUGCUUUCAAAUCACUAUGGAAUUCAUUCAUUCAUUCAUUCAUUCAUCCACCUGAAAACACGUAUUGAAAACAUACUAUGUGCCAGCUUUAGUUUUCAGCGCCGGGAAGCCUCGUUGUGAUUUCCUCCGAUUGUAGAAUGUGACGAGGUGUUCUCAACUCAAGGCCCACGGGAGAAGAGAAACCUCAUUCUUGGAGUGAGAGAGAAAGAAAGUGGUGAACAUUGAACGCCCUCCCUCUCCAUCUUGGCCAGAGCGUAGGAAGGUGUAGAGUAGAGGCUCACGGCUCCUGAGACCCACCUCUGCUCUGUGCUGCUGCGUAGAGCUCUCUCCUUGGGGCCUCCAGGGCACAAGCUUGAGGGACAGGGCCCAUCUUUGGUCAGGGUAUUCGGUCAUCCGACAAUGCCUUGCAGGUAGAUCUCUGCUGUGGGAAAGGAAUGGGGUGAGGAAGGCCGGAAGGACAGGGGGCAGGGAGGUGGGCUCAUCACUCUGAGCCUGCAGGAGAGAGGAAAGAAUGUGAGAUUGGAUUGUGUGUGUCUGAGGAAUGGCCCCAUUCUGGUCCCUAUUUGUGGUUAUUGGUCAUGAAGUCACCAGGAUGACUCUAUCUUUCUAGUUGCCCACCACCUGUGGCUUUGCCUCCGUCCCCAUAUUUCCCUACCCUUAUACCUCCUAUCCCGCCAUCUCUACCCCCCUGGGCAUUUUCUGGCUUGCCUGGAUAGAUUUAGAGACCUGCUUGUUGGCUAUAAUGUCUUUUCAUUCUUUCUUCUUCCUUUUUUAAAAAAAUCAGAACAAAACCAAAAAGUGUCCAGA